AGAGAGAGAGAGAGAGAGAGAGAGAGAGAGCGGAUAGUGAUAAGAGAAACGAGAGACACAGAGGGGAACACGGAAACAAGCAGGAGCGGUUACUGAGCAAGGUGUACUGGUUAACGACGAAAGAUACGGACCCCACAGACCCGCUUCCAAAACCCAGAUAUUGGGUUCACGCAUUUUUAUCUUGCGGUGAUCGGACCGGAGGUCUUUAUUGUGGACAAAAGGAUUUUUUCCUGGUGAAGACUGUCUGUCGGGAUUGAGAAUGUCGGGGACCAGGGAGGAGGAACGGCGGAAACUAGCCGACAUCAUUAACCACUGGAACGCCAACCGGCUCGACCUGUUCGAGAUCAGUCAGCCCACCGAGGAUCUGGAGUUCCACGGCGUGAUGCGCUUCUACUUCCAGGACCGCGUGGCGGGGAACUUCGCCACCAAGUGCAUCCGCGUGUCCAGCACGGCCACCACGCAGGACGUCAUCGAGACGCUGGCCGAGAAGUUCCGGCCCGACAUGAGGAUGCUGUCCUCGCCCAAGUACUCGCUUUACGAGGUCCACGUGAGCGGGGAAGAACGGAAGCUGGACCUGGAUGAGAAGCCCCUGGUGGUGCAGCUCAACUGGAACAAAGACGACCGCGAGGGCCGCUUCGUCCUGAAGAACGAGAACGACAUCAUCCCGAAGAAGGCACAGAGCAACGGGCCGGACAAGCAGGAGAAGGAAGGAGUGAUCCAGAACUUCAAAAGAACCCUGUCCAAGAAAGAGAAGAAGAAGGAGAAGAAGAGGGAGAAGGAGGCCCGCAUCCCCGACGGCGACGAGCAGGCGCUGACCAGAGAGGAUGGGGAGAACUCGCGGCUGGCGGCGGAGGUGUAUAAGGACAUGCCGGAGACGAGCUUCACGCGCACCAUCUCCAACCCCGAGGUGGUGAUGAAGCGGCGGCGGCAGCAGAAGCUGGAGCGCAGGAUGCAGGAGUUCCGCAGCGGCGACGGCCGGCCGGACUCAGGAGGGACACUGCGCAUUUACGCGGACAGCCUGAAGCCCAACAUCCCCUACAAAACCAUCCUGCUGUCCACCACCGACAUGGCCGACUUCGCCGUGGCCGAGGCGCUGGAGAAGUACGGCCUGGAGAAGGAGAACCCUCGCGAGUACUGCAUCGCCCGGGUGAUGCUGCCUCCAGGAGCCCAGCAUUCCGAUGACAAGGCAGGGAAAGAGACAAUCCUGGAUGACACAGAGUGUCCCCUACAGAUCUUCAGAGACUGGCCCAGCGAUAAAGGAGCGCUGGUGUUUCAGCUGAAGAAGCGUCCCCCAGACUAUGUCCCAAAGAAAGUCCGCAAGCCUGAGGACAAGGUGUCCCGGGGGAAGUCCCUGGACGGCCCCCUCCUGCCCCCAGAGAAGCUGCCCUACCUGGUGGAGCUCAGCCCAGGCAGGGGGAAUCACUAUGCCUACUACACCUAUCGGCACCAUGAAGACGGCUCCGACUCCAGGGAUAAGCCAAAGCUGUACCGGCUGCAGCACAGCAUCACUGAGGUGGGAUCGGAGAAGACAGACGACGGCUCCAUCCAGCUCUUCGGUCCCGGCAUCCUGCCCCACCACUGUAACCUGAUGCACGCGGACGGGCUGGUGACGGUGACGCCGCGCGGCUACGAGGCCGAGACCUACUUGGACGGCCAGCGCAUCUCGGACACCACGGUGCUGCGCAGCGGCAUGACGCUGCAGUUCGGCGCCUCCCACGUCUUCAAGUUCGUGGACCCCAGCUACGACCACGCCGUGGGCAAAAGAGCCGUGGACGCCGGGCCCAUGACCAAGGGCCGACACAAGUCGGGGAGCGUUCCCGAAACGACCUUUGACCUUCACGGAGACAUCCACAGCGGAACAGCCCUCCCCACAAGCAAGAGCUCAGGGAAGCUGGAGAUGGAGCGCUCGGGUAGCCAGGCCAGCGAGAGAGGCAUGGUGAAGCCCAUGGUCCGUGCAGAGCAGCAGGAUGGAAGGUCCCAGGACAGCCUGAGCCCCGAACUGACGCUGCCGGCCAGCAUCGAGUUCAGGGAGAACUCCGAAGAUGCCUUCCUGUCCGCCAUCAUCAACUACACCAACAGCUCCACGGUGCACUUCAAGCUGUCGCCCACCUACGUGCUGUACAUGACCUGCCGCUACGUCAUGUCCAGCCAGUACCGGCCGGACAUGAGCCCCUCGGAGCGCACGCACAAGGUCAUCGCCAUUGUCAACAAGAUGGUGAGCAUGAUGGAAGGAGUCAUACAGGAGAGUGCGGAAGGUGAUCAGAAGCAGAAGAACAUCGCCGGGGCCCUGGCCUUCUGGAUGGCCAACGCCUCCGAGCUGCUCAACUUCAUCAAGCAGGACAAGGACCUGAGCCGCAUCACGCUGGACGCCCAAGAUGUGCUGGCUCACCUGGUGCAGAUGGCCUUCAAGUACCUUGUGCACUGCCUGCAGUCUGAUCUCAAUAACUACAUGCCCGCCUUCCUGGAAGACCCCGAGGAACAGAACCCACAGAGACCCAAAAUAGAGGACGUGCUGCACACCCUGACCGGCGCCAUGUCUCUGCUGCGCCGUUGCCGUGUCAACGCCGCCCUCACCAUCCAGCUCUUCUCGCAGCUCUUCCACUUCAUCAACAUGUGGCUCUUCAACAAGCUGGUGACGGAGGCCGACUCGGGGCUCUGCUCGCACUACUGGGGGGCCAUCCUGCGGCAGCAGCUCAGCCACAUCGAGGCCUGGGCCGAGAAGCAGGGCCUGGAGCUGGCCGCGGACUGCCACCUGAGCCGCAUCGUCCAGGCGACCACGCUGCUGACCAUGGACAAGUACUCUAUGCAGGACGUCCCCAACAUCCACAACACCUGCUUCAAGCUCAACUCCCUUCAGCUGAACGCACUGAUGACCAAUUACCACUGUGCCCCCGAUGAGCCCUACAUUCCCCCCGAGCUGAUCGACCACGUGGUGGCGGUGGCGGAGAACACGGCGGACGAGCUGGCGCGCAGCGACGGGCGGGAGGUGCAGCUGGAGGAGGACCCCGACCUGCAGCUGCCCUUCCUGCUGCCCGAGGACGGCUACUCCUGCGACGUGGUGCGCAACAUUCCCAACGGCUUCCAGGAGUUCCUGGAGCCGCUCUGCCAGAGAGGGUUCUGCCGGCUGACCCCUCACCCCCGCUCCCCGGGCACCUGGACCAUCUACUUCGAAGGAGCCGACUGCGACAAUCACUUCUCCGCCGACAGCGCAGACAUGCCAAUGCGGAAGGAGCCGGAAGUCGUGACCGUCACGCUGAAGAAGCACAAUGGCAUGGGUCUCAGCAUCGUGGCCGCCAAGGGUGCCGGGCAGGAGAAGCUCGGGAUCUACAUCAAGUCUGUUGUCAAGGGCGGGGCGGCCGACAUGGAUGGCCGCCUUGCUGCUGGAGACCAGCUGCUGAGUGUGGAUGGCCGCAGCCUGGUCGGGCUCUCGCAGGAAAGGGCAGCGGAGUUGAUGACCAGAACUGGCUCAGUUGUAACACUCGAGGUCGCCAAGCAAGGGGCUAUUUACCAUGGUCUGGCCACUCUUCUGAACCAGCCGUCUCCCAUGAUGCCACGGGCGUCAGACCGCGGGCGGGACAAGGGGAAAGCCAGACCAAAGAGCGAGGGCUUCGAGCUCUACAACAACUCUGUGCAGAACGGCUCGCCGGAGAGCCCCCAGGGGGCCUGGGACACGUACCCCGAACCAAAGAAGAUGAGCGGCGAGGACAGGCUGCUUAAGAACAGGGUAGACCACCGCUCCAGCCCCAACGUGGCCAAUCAGGCACAGAGUCCAGGAGGAAAAGCUGUUUACCCAGGGGGACCUGGGACCAAGAUCACCUCCGUCUCCACAGGCAACCUCUGUGCCGAUGAGGAGCCAUCCCCGCCCCGCCCGGAAGCGUACCCCAUUCCCACACAGACGUACCCCAGGGAGUACUUCACCUUCCCCGCUUCCAAAUCUCAGGACAGGAUGGGCCCCGCCCCCACCCAGCCGUGGCAGAACUCCGAGGACCGUCCCCCAGGACCCAUAGAUGAGCUUCACUCCAGCAACAUGGCUCUACAGGAGGAUCUGUGCGAUGAGCGGGGCGGGUAUCCGCCGGACAGGCUGCGGCCCGAGGACCUGGUGCACCUGCAGCAGCAACGGGAGCUGGAGUACCAGAGGGAGCGGGGCAGCGCCGAGCACUGGAACCACCAGGUGUCCUCCUCCGUGGAGUCCAGCACCUCCAGCCAGGAGCACCUCAACUACCCCCCGGCUUCCUCCUCCAAGGCCCAGGCCCAGGCCCAGGCCAACCACAAGAGCGGGCCGGGGCGCUGGAAGACCCCCCUGGCCCCGCACGCGGGCCCCACGGCCGUGCCCCAGCCGGCCCGCUCGGACCUGCCGCCCCCGCCCCCUCCCCCGCCGCCCGUGCACUACACUGCUGAUUUCGACGCCCAGUCGGACCUCCCGCUCCCGCCCCCGCCUGCCCUGGCCGCCGGCCAGCCACAGGCCGCUGCCGCCGCCGCCGCCGCCGCCGACCGCCGGAAACGCGAGGAGCAGCAGCGGUGGUACGAGAAGGAGAAGGCGCGGCUGGAGGAGGAGCGGGAGAGGAAGAGGAGGGAGCAGGAGAGGAAGAUGGGGCAGAUCCGCAACCCCCCGGGGCCCGUCCCGCACAACAACCAGCACGGCCCGCUGCCGCCCCCGCCCCAGCACCAGCAGAUGCCCCCUCCCCCGGCCUCCAUGCAGAUGCCCCAGUCCUACCUCCCCCCCCAGCCCCCCCCUCAGCAGCCGCAGCCCCCCCGGCCCGAGAAGCUGGCCACCCUGCCCCGCGCGCCCCCGCCCCCCCAGGACACGGUGAUCCGGGAGCUCCUCCCCCAGCAGCAGCCCCGCACCAUCGAGCGGCGGGACCUGCAGUACAUCACCAUCAGCAAGGAGGAGCUCUCCUCCGGCGACAGCCUCUCCCCCGACCCCUGGAAGCGGGACGCCCGCGAGAAGCUGGAGAAGCAGCAGCAGCUCCACAUCGUCGACCUGCUGGACAAGGAGAUCCAGGACCUGCAGGCCAAGCCGGAGCGCACGGCCGAGGAGAACGACCGGCUGCGCAAGCUCAUGCUGGAGUGGCAGUUCCAGAAGCGGCUGCAGGAGUCCAAGCAGAACGAGGAGGACGAGGAGGAGGAGGACGACGAGGACGUGGACACCAUGAUGAUCAUGCAGCGGCUGGAGGCCGAGAAGAGAGCACGGCAGACUGCUGUUCCAGCAAUCUCUGUUCUAGACUUGUUGCAGGAUGAGGAGAGGAGACGGAAACAACAGCUGGAGGAGAUCCGCAAGCGAGAGGCGGAGGAGCGAGCCAAGCAGGAGGAGGAGCGGCGCUGGAGAGAGGAGGAGCGGGCCCGGCGGGAGGCCGAGGAGAAGAGGAGGCAGGAGGAGGAGUACUACACGCGCCUGGAGGCGGAGCGCCGCCGGCAGCACGAGGAGGCCGAGCGCAAGUUGCUGACGCCAGACGAGCCUGGUCUGUACAGACCGCCCCUCCCGCGGGACUACCAGCCCCCCCCUCCCGCACCCCCCGCCACUAACGCUCCUCCACCCCCGCCUCAGAGAAACACCUCGUACCUCAAAACCCAGGUCGUCUCCCCUGACACCUUGUACACUGCCAAGUUUGUCUCGUACAAUGAUGACGAGGAGGAGGAGGAGGAGGAGGGGGACGCAGGCCCGGCAGGUCAGGUUAAGCUCUCCGCCACCCGGAAGUCCUAUGGCGACCUCCCCCCCGCUCACAAGCCGCAGCCGCCGCCGCCGUCCUCACGCAAGCCCCGCCCGCUCUCUGAUGGGAUCUUUCUGUCCAGCUCAUUCCAGCUGCCCGCAGCCAAUGCCAACAGUACUGUGCCCAAGGCAGGGCCGCCCCCUCCCCCUCCCAACAAACCCGCCUUCGGCCCGUCAGGCAGCUCCAAAGGAUUUAAUACGUACACUGGAAACACAGCAGGAGUUGUAGGAUCGAAUGAAGUUUACAAGGACCCGCGAGAGAAGUGGGCAAAAGGUGGUCAAGAACAGGAUAACUCGGGAGGCACAGGGGCCCCAGAGAGUUUAACCUUCAAAGAACGGCAGCGGCUCUUCUCCCAGGGGAAGGAGGUGUCCAAUAAGGUCAAGGCCUCGCGAAAACUCAUGGAACUGGAGAACGAACUCAACACUAAACAGUAGACUGGAGCCUUAGGGGGUUGGAAGUGAGCCCCGACCGGGCACGGAGAAGCGACAGCCAGUUUUCAGUUCCCAGUGAUCUUCACUUUUUUGUUUUUAAUGAAUAACUGGACCAUUAGUUUUGAUUUAGAUAUGCCGCUGCAAUAGGAGAGACGAUAUUGCUUACCUUCCCUCUGAACUAUCAAAGAUAUAUUAUAAUAAAGCACUGUAAAAAUGUUUUAAUUAUAUGAGAUUGAGAAUUUGAAAUCACAUGAAGGGGGAUAUAUUUUUGUUUGUAAAAUGGUUUUUGGGUUAAGAUUGAAAGGCUUUUUUUUUUGUUUGUUUUAAUUAUUUUUAAUAGCUUACAGUAAUGUGGAAUAUUUUAUGAUAUUUUAUGCUCUGGCUGCAGUACGCCUUUCCACACUUUUAAUUUCUCUCGUCAAAAUAAAUGACCAGACUCAGCUGACGGCUCUUUGAGUUAGCCUCUCUCCACCAUGUGCGGUGUGGAAGGGUUUCCUGUUUUAUGUUAUCGCAUAGUUCCCUCUCUUCAGGAUUCCUCACUACAGCUCCCACAUCACGCUCAACGGAUCCGAAAUUUCACCUCCACUUAUUAGAUUUGAAGGAACCGGGAAGCUGGUUCCCAUCUCUGUUCCACCUGUUUGUUCGCGUACACUGUAAAUAUCUCUUAUUGUCCCGGCAAUCUCACCUAUUGUGAUGUGGAGUUCACACAACGUCCAAACUGGGCUGUUAUACAUUCUGAAAUUUCGGAUAUACCUUUCAUGUUAAGACAUAGAGAAGAGCAAUUUUUAUUCUUUUUUUUGUUCUGUCAGUGAUU